UGUGUUAUUAGAAGAUGUGGCUUAUGGUUAUUUGGAAGAACUUAUUUUAAAUAGUCUUCUCUUAAUAGACAAUCAAAGUUUUGAUGGAAAAAUGAAGACAUGUAGGAUGCAUAGUGCCUUGCAUAGUUUUUGCAUAAGAGAAGCUCAGAAAGAGGGUAUUUUCUGUGCAGUAAAUAUUAGGAAAUACCCAACAGGAUUACCCUUGAAAAUGUUUGCAAAUUCGUGUCGUUGGCUAAGUUUAUACUCACAUAAUUUUGACUAUUAUGUGCUCUGUAGAGAAAACAACUCUCGCUCCAUCUUAUUCUUUCAUGAAAAUCCAGAAAUGUUUAUAUCUUUUAGGCUGUUAAGAGUGUUGGCUUUUGUUCCAUCUUCAUUCCUUCAAAGAGAGCCCAUGCAUUUAUCAUAUUUAGUUUUUCUAAGAUACCUAUCUGUAACACAGUGGUUUGAGGGUCUGGAUUGUAUAGUGUCAACUAAUUUGAAUUUGCAAACACUUGUUGUUUCUGGUAAUGAAUCACAACUUGGAGCACCUACUAUCCAUCUACCAUGUGAAAUUUGGGACUUACCGCUAUUGAGGCAUCUUGAACUUGGUAAUAUGUAUGCCUUAGAUCCUCCAUUCCAGAUGAAGAAAAGAAAGAAUUUACAAGCAUUAUCUUGGGCAAGUCCAACUCUUUACAAAAAGGAAACAUACCGCAAUUUUCCAUUGCUAAGAAAACUAAAAGUUUUUUAUAGAGGUGGAUCUUGCAGCAAUAAUAAUCCCCUUAUUUUGGAUAGUAUUUACUAUUUGAAAAAGCUUGAGAAGCUAACAAUUUCAGUUUUGGUUGGCUGCACUAUAACUUUUCCAGAACAGUGUAUGUUUCCUUUAAAACUGAAGAAGUUAGGGUUGAGUGGGACUAAUCUUUGUAGCCGGGAUUUAAGUGUAAUUAGCAUGAUGCCCCAACUUGAGGUGCUGAAGCUGGAAAAUGCGAUACAUGGAAACAUAUGGGAAGUAGAUAAAGGAGGAUUCAAUAAGUUGAGAUUCUUGCUCAUCGAAGAUAGAAAUCUCAAGCAGUUGAGGACUUAUUUAAGUUGUUUUAAAUGUCUCGAGCGCCUGGUCCUAAGGUCAUGUUGUUGUUUUGAAGAAAUCCCUUGGUUUCUUGCGUUUCACUUGCAGUCAAUUAAGUUGGAGCGAUGUCACCCUUCUGUUAUUGAAGCUGCUAUGCAAAUUCGAGAAGCAGGACAGAAAAUUUUAAAGCGUUGGAUUGAGAUCAUAAUUCGAGGAGCUGAAUAUGAUGAGUCACAAAAUACACAUAUAUAAUGGAAGUUGUAGAAGACAUAGAGGCCGGGGAAUAAGUCUGCUCCUUGGCUCACUGGACAAAUGAUCACUAUGGAUGGGGGCAAAACCGCCAAUGCCUUUUAGUUAUCCA